GAAGGGCGUUUUCGAUGACGCACACCUCGGUGAAAUCGCCCAUCUCCAACGGCACCUUCAGCUUCGAUGGGCAGGUGAGGAGCGACGGCCACGUGUACCACACCGUGCACAAGGACUCAGGUUUAUACAAAGACUUGCUCCACAAAAUACACCUGGACAGGGCCACCGACGAGAGGCCCGCUCCCGAAAACACCUACAAACUGCUGCGCCGCAACAACAGCUACACGUGCUACACCGCCGCCAUCUGCGGCAUGCCCGUGCACUCCUCCUUCAAGGCGGCGGACACCUCGACGCCGGAGGACAGUGAGAAGUUGGUGGGAGACACCGUUGCCUACUCCAAGAAGCGUGUGCGCUACGACAGCUACUCCAGCUACUGCAACGCCGUGGCCGAGGCGGAGAUCGAGGCAGAGGAAGGUGGGGUGGAGAUGAAACUGGCCUCCGAAAUCGCGGAUCCCAACCGGCCCCCGGUUGAGCCGGUGGAAGAGGAUAAGGAAGAGAAAGACACGUCCCAGGUCCAUCUGCUUUUCCACUUCCUCCAGAUCUUAACAGCCUGUUUUGGAUCCUUUGCCCAUGGAGGUAAUGAUGUCAGUAUCUGCUGUGUCAAGGAUGCUGGAGCCCGUCCAGAGCUGGGAUUGACUGAGCUGGCCCGGGAGCCCUGUGACAGCGGCGUGCACAUGGGCUGG